CGGCCGCAGCAGCCAGUAUGAGCCAGGGAGCCGCGAGCGCGGGACAUGAGAGGCAAGCUGUGGAACCUGCUGUGUAGCUCCCGGCACGCGGUUUACACAGAGAAUAAUGUAUCCGGCAAAGAUGGACUCCAGUUGCGGAGCUCAAGCAACGGAUCUGCAAGCAACGGUGAAGCGGGCGCGCUGUCCGAACUUUCCGGCACAGGGGGAGACCAGCUGGAGAGGCCGUCGCCAACUGCGAAUGACACUGUUCACCUCGAGAGACGGGUGGGACUCUUCAGUGGGGUGGCUUUAAUCGUUGGGACUAUGAUCGGCUCUGGAAUUUUUGUGUCUCCGUCAGGCCUUGUGACUCGUACAGGUUCUGUAGGGAUGAGUUUUGUGAUAUGGGUCUUCUGCGGAUUGCUGUCACUUCUAGGUGCGCUUGCCUACGCUGAGCUGGGUACCAUGAACACCAGCUCUGGGGCAGAGUACGCGUACUUCAUGGAUGCGUUUGGGCCCAUCCCAGCAUUCCUGUUCUCUUGGGUGUCAACGCUCGUGCUGAAACCAUCGCAGAUGGCCAUCAUCUGCCUCAGUUUCGCUCAGUACGUCGUGGAGGCGUUCGUAUAUGAGUGUGAACCACCGCAGAUGGCUGUCAAGCUCACAGCCAUCCUCGCCAUACUUAUCAUCGCAUAUAUCAACUGCUACAGCGUGAAGUUGGCAACAGCUGUGCAGAAUCUGUUCACCGCUGCCAAGCUGGUUGCAAUUUUUGUCAUCGUCUGCGGUGGAAUGUACAAGAUAGGACACGGGAACACUCAGCACCUGGAGAACGCGUUCGAUGGGACGACGUCGUCCUUUGGGAACUUAGCGACGGCAUUUUAUACUGGCCUGUGGGCGUAUGAUGGCUGGAACAAUCUCAACUACGCUACAGAAGAAAUCAAAAAUCCAUCAAGGGAUCUGCCGCUCUCGAUCAUCAUCGCCAUCCCGCUGGUGACGUCAUGCUACGUGCUCAUCAACGUGUCGUACCUGGCCGUCAUGUCAGCCGCAGAGAUGAGCGAGACGGGCGCCGUCGCAGUGCUGUUCGGCAACCGCAUUCUGGGCCCGAUGGCGUGGCUCAUGCCGCUCGCAGUCGCCGUGUCAACCUUCGGCUCUGCCAAUGGAACGCUCUUCGCAGCUGGCAGGCUGUGUUUCGCGGCCAGCAGGGAAGGACACUUGUUCAGCAUUUUGUCUUACGUGCACGUGACCAAGUUAACACCGGCUCCCAGCCUCAUAUUCCAUUCACUGAUUGCCAUCGCAAUGGUCGCAGCGGGGAACAUCGACUCGUUGAUAGAUUUCUUCAGCUUCACAGCUUGGAUAUUCUACGGUGGCUCAAUGCUGGCUCUGCUAGUAAUGCGGAGAACCAAACCAAAUGCGCCACGGCCCUACAAGGUGAACAUAAUCAUUCCAUGUCUUGUUUUGGUUAUCUCUGUGUACCUGAUAAUAGCUCCAAUAAUAGACAAACCACAAAUUGAAUACUUAUAUGCAGCUCUCUUCAUAGUGGGCAGUCUUAUUUUUUAUGUGCCCUUUGUGAUCAAGCGACAUUGGUUCAAGAGGCUUGGUUUCAUUAAUGUGUUCCUACAACUACUACUUGAAGUUGCUCCAACCCAAUCCAUGUACGAAUAGCAGUAUCACUGACGGAUCUAAGAAGCUUAUCAAAUGCAUGAUACAGUAGCAGAAUCUCAUACUGUUACACAGUAGUCAAAAUUCGGACAAUGUUAGUUCUCCUUUGUAUGAUUCAGAAAAGAUUAAGAUAAUAAAUCAUGAAAAGUCAAAGUAUCCUCUGCUGAGCAUAGAACAGUGUACUGAAAAUCCUGCUGUGUGUCAGCUAUUAUACAGAAAUAUUAUAGGAGGAAAUAACAUUGUGUUGUAUAAGCUAGAACAAGUUAAAGUAUUUACAAUGUUCUUAAUUCUUUGUUGGUGUUCCCCUUGCGCUAAAAAUAAAAAGAAUUAAUGAAAGAGGUUCAGUGUUACACUUUUAAUGUAUUUGGCAUUAGUUUAUCACUUUAACAGCAUUUUAUUAUGAUCAUAAAAAUGACUAAAUUUUUAUUUUAAAAAAUGGACUUAAUUUUUUUGUUCUACUUUUAUUAGUCUUAUUUUUUUGUUUGGUGCAACCUUCAGAGAUGAAACUCAAUUUGUAAAAGUUGACAAAACACAUUCCAAUUAACUCUCUGAGUUUUGUUUAAUUUUUUUUAAAUUAAGGACAGAUGUUGCUGUACAAAAAACAAAAUGUUACAGUUGCUCGUAUUUGUGAAUAUUAAAAAAGAAUGGUUGGAAUGUAAGAGAUAAAACUUUCACCUUUCUGAAUUUCAGUGCUGAAAAGAUCUGUAGGCUAUUGCCUGACAGUUAUAUGAUGACAUUUGUUGUGAAUUUAGCCUCAGUUUUACAAUAAUGAGAUGUCCGUGCCAUAUGGAUUGUAGCAUUUGGUCACAAAGUACUAAUAUAAGAAAUAUUUGUUUUAAACAUUAAAAUUUAAAACAAUCUGUAAAAUGAGUGGCAUAAGAAACCAUACCACUUACAUUAUGAAACAACGAAUGUAACUGCCAGAGCAAGACGAAAAGCACAUGAGCAUUAUGCAUAUCCAAAUUGACAAAAUUUGAAAUACUUGAACAUAUUAUUCAAACCUGGAGCACUAAAGGUAUUAUGUUAACUUCUCAGUGAUAUUCCAAUGAGAAAUAUUUUUGUUACAUGUCAGUUACAUUUUGAUAAAUUUUAUAAUUGUAUAAGUAUAUUUUACAGUUGAAUAGUAAAUAUUUUAAGAAUAACUAUAUUGUCCUCCAGGUAAAUGGUCUGUUAAAUAAAUAUUUGUUUCAAGAUGCUGAAAUUAAGCUGAAUAAUGUGCUGUAAAAAAUUAGUUUAUUACAGAUUGAGGAUAAAUUGAAAGACGAUUUAAAAUAUUUUCAAUAGUUGCAAAUUGCCUGAGAAUUAAGUUGUUUAUCAAGUUGGUAUUCAAAAAUUGACAGGUUCCUUGCCUUGUACACAGUUUUCAGACAAAUACACUUGUGCCAGAUGAUGUAACAUGCAUUUUGUGUACAUUUUCAUUCCCAAGAUGAAUGGUUGUCUGUUGAAAAUGUAAUGAACUUAAAUGA